AUGGCGGAGUGGGACGACAACACAAAGGCGCAGGUCAAGAAGAUCCCACUGCUGACGGAGAACGCGGGGCCCAGGGACCCUAAGGAGAAAUGGGAUGCGCGGCUGAAGCAGCUGCUCGGGGGUGUCUACAUCGUCAACAGCAUCAACCGCAUCAACUCGCCCAAGCGUUUAUAA